AGGGAGAUAGAGGUCCAUAUACAAAGAAGAGCUCAGUUGCUCAGAACGUGUUGUACUUUCCUACCAGGGAGAUAUACUGUCCUCCAGGUGUAGGGGUCAUAUUGGUGUCACUGUGGAGAAGUAAAACACAUAAGUCACAAGAUGGCAGCAUAAUCUCACUAGUCAGGGUCACAGAAUUUGAGAGCUCAGGUCAUUCAUUUCCCUGCUCAGCCUCUUUUUUGAAGAAUCUGGAAGUCCAGUGCCUAGCUGUUUCUUCUCAGGGCCUAAAUUAUCAUCUGUGUAGGUGAAAAUCUUGUUAUGUAACUUUUUAAACCAACAGAUUGAAUUUAAAUUCAGCUGCACUUUGAUAGUGUUGAAGUAAACUGUCCACCUGGCAUUCAGUACUGAACAAAAAGUAUAUCAACAUGUUGUCUAUCUAAUGAAUACAAAAAACAGCAUUUAUGGAAAAUAACAUUGGCUGCAGGUAACUUACGGCAUAACUUGGCUGGCUCUGCAACCAAAAGUUACAUUUCUUAGGCUUUUUCUUUCUUCCUGCUCUUGAGGGCAGUGCAUUCUGAACCCUGCCCCAAAUACACACCUUUUAGUGAACGUUAUGUAUAUUUUUGGCAGCAAUGAGUGAAGAGUUGAUCUUAUGUAUUCCUCUGUUUAUUGUAUAUAUACUAUGGUAUAUAUGUAUAUAUGUAUAUAUAUAUAUGGUAUUGAAUUUUCAUCUGUCUUACUGUCUGCCUUUGUCUCUCUCUUUCAAAGAAGAUAUCUGCCCAUUCUUACUGUUCUUCGUGAGUUGUACCUUUUGAAUGUGCAGUACUUGAUCUGGAAAAUAUGAUCUGUACUAGGGAGGGAUGAUUCAUCACAUCAAUCACUAUAUUAUAUAAUGCAGAAUGAUAACUUCCACUGAGAACAUUUCUAGCAGCAGUGUUCCUGCUUGUGAAUUUAAAUGUUCUCCUGAGGUCUCUCUGUAAAAUUAAAUGAGGUACUUGUAAUUACUUGGAACACAAACAAACCAUGGGAGCAAGGCAGGAAUCUGUCCCUUUUCAAAUUAAUUUCAUUUUUUUUAUGGUGCUGCAAAAUUAAACCAUAGGGUGGGCACACCUUCCAGGUGCAUUUUUAUGGAAGGCAGAAUUAUAGUUCUAUCAUUAGUUUAUAUCUAUCAAAUGAAUGUGAAAUUUUGGCAUUUGUGCAAACUGUGCUAAUAGACAUUUACCUUCUGAACUUACUGGUGCAUUUUCUGACAACAUUUUUGCAAACUUUUGAAUACAUGCUGAAAUCCAGAAUGGCUUUGUUUUGUGUAUUUGUUCAGCUGAAGGUUGUUCUAUCUGAGUUUACUCUUAACCAGUCAAUAUACAGUUGCAUCUGAGCAUCCCUAAAUCUAAAUUUAAUUAAGAAAGAAAAGUAAGGAAAGUCUACACUGCCCUUUCCAUUAAUGUGUAGUUUCUGGGCUAAGCAGUUGGCCACAUGGUGUCACUGUGUCCUAAGGCAGCAAAACCCCUUGGAAUAAAGCCUUUAGUAAUUUCAAAGUAUCUCAACUAUGUCAUGUUAUCUAAAGGAGAUGCUUCAUAAAAUCGACACAAUCUCAGAAGCUUUUCUAUAGGCAUACUUGAGGAAAAUAUUUUAUACCAAGUGUCUGUUUCCUGGCUCCUUCUGUUUUUCUGGAAGGUAUCAGAAAUGUUUUUGCCCAGAGGCUUUUGUUCUCUCUAAGUCUGCAUUUUGGAGCACGCCUAUAUGGAAGACUUUUGCGUAAAUUGAUGCAAGUGUGAGAUUUAAAAAUUCAUUGGUGCUGGACUCAUCCUGCAUUUUAGUCAUAGAUCUCUUCUCCUUCUGUCUGUGUAUAUGUGAAUGCAGAACAUCCUUUGGCUCUUCUGCCCAGGGGAAACUUGGCCUUAUGGUACUCAGAGCAAUAGAAACUGUAGAUCCUGAGGCCCACAGAAUGCUAGUUAGUGCACACUAGUCCUGACAAAUGCUUUGCAACAGCACACCUACUCAAGAGAUCCGUGCCAAAAGCUGAUACAUUGCAUGCUUAGGAAGUUUCAUAACGUACAGCUAUAGCAACAACUGAGUGAAAUGCUUACUGUACAGAUACAGUAUGAGCUUUAGCUGAGAAGAUGAUGUGAUAUAUGGCUCAAGGUGUAUUGAAAGACCACAAAAUCUUGUGUAGCACAACUAUUGGUGUGUACUGCUUCUUCUGUAAAAUGGUGAGGAAGCCUAGAACAGCAGGCCUUACACUAACAGCCUCACAGUUUGUGUAGCCAAGGUUAAGACUCCAUGGAGAGGAGAGAAAACCGACUCUGGCAGUGACUCACCACUUAUGUAGAACGUGGGGGGCUUUUAUAUUGCUGGAACAUUAGGUAGACACUGCUUUUCCAAAGUCAGUUGUUGUGUCUUCCAUGAAACUUACUCUCUGCUUAGCUGCUGAGAAUUGUGUAUGUAUCUCAGUGAUAGUUUCAGUACCAACUUUGUACUAGGGUCCUGGAGUUCAGCUGUAGCCUGUUUUGAGGCUGGUUUAUCUGUCAUUAUCUUAUCUUCAAUUUAAAUAUACAGUCAAACCUACUUAAAGUCAUUAGGUCUGUGAAGUGUGGUUCUAUGAGUAAUUCUGGUGCCUCAGUAUGAGUUGUAAUGCAUUGGUAUGAAUUGAGGAAAUGGCUAUAGAGAAGAUUCAUACAUUUUUAAUGUAAUAAAAGACAUGUCUAACAAAAAUUCCAUUUAAUUGAAAGCUUACAUUUGUCUUAGUGGAAUCCUGUGAAGGGAAAUAGUAUGCUAUUUGUGUAUUAUUGGAAAUAAAUGUGUUAACUGAGAUUUGAAUGGGACGUGAGACUAAAUGCUAAAAAAAAUCUGGGUGGUCAGAUCUCACAGGCUAGAGCUGAGCAGAGAGAAAUUGUAUUUCCUCUUCUUACUUGCACUGUAACAACAGCUUAGUAGUAUGCAGUGUUCUGGCUUGUAAUUCCUCUCCUUCUGCCCCUCCACUGCUUUUCUAAUUAUGUGAACAAUAGAAAUUGAACAACUAGAAAUAAUUCCUCCAUGGCCUCUAUGCUGGUGGUAGUCCUUAGGAUAGGAGCUUCUGCUUGAUACGGUUCAUCCUGUGGAAGAAAAUCCUGAAGCACGGAGUAGCAUGGAAUGGCAAUGCAGAGAAGCAGGAGGUGUACAGGCCAUCUUGGGAGUAAAUCUGGCACACUGUCAAAACAAUUUGUCCUUGUUCUAUGAAUCUCGGAAACUGCUGACCUCAUUAUUGAGACACAAAAGGACUCUUGAUAGUGUGUGAGGGAGUCCUAUCUUAACUACUGUAAUUAUCCUAAUGGCGCUGCUGCCAUACUGGUACAUCAACUGUAAACAGGAAAAGCUGAAACCCGGUGACACAGAUGAAAUGCAAGUGAAGGGCUAGUGUUUGUAUAGUAGAGAUAUGAAUAAAGAAAUAGACACUGGCUCAGGAACUCCUUUCACAAUGUUUGCUGAGGGAAGAAAGGUGUGAGGAAGGGGAAGGGAAUGUGUAUCCUACCUUCAUGGUAUUAUGAACCCAACUCUCUGGAAGCAAGGCUUCUUCUGAGAUAGCUUUUGUGUCUUGUCAUGUGCCAUGUAUUUCUUGGGCAGCUCUGUUACUCCAUUUCUUGAAGAGUUACAUUCUGUAUGAGGGCAUUCAGAUUCUGAUGUUGUUAGACUAAGAGGUAGACUCCUUGAAAUAAUGGGAACAGCUUGUCUCUUUGUCUGAGCCUUUUUUAUAAACGUAGGCUUUCACUGCCUGUGAAUUUCAGUCAACAUUACACUCCUAAUACAUGCUGAGAUGUAAAGGAAGGCUUCAUGCAUGGAAGAAAGAUGGAUUUUUCAGAGCUGUGGCCAGAUAUCAUUAUUUAAUGUGACCUAUACCAUGUAUACGUUUCUCUCGGUACCUCCUGACUUCCUACUGUCUGAUAGAGCUAUACAUAAAAGCCAGUCAUCCACGCUUGGUUUAAAAUUAGAGAUCAUGUGGGAGGGAAAUGUGGUGCGGAGGCUGAGGUGAGAGGGGGGUCACAAUAUGAAAGGAAGGUGUAGGAGGGAAAAUACAUAGUUUAGCUAUAAGACAGAUUUGAAGGAUCAGAAAUAGAAUUUAUUGUCACUUUUGAUACUGCAGUACUGAGAAAUGUCAAAAGACAAAUGAGCCCCGUUUUGUUAAAAGCAACAAAACUCCCAGAUGAGCUGUUGCUCAAAAAAAGCCCCCUACAAUCUGAGCAGAUUACAUGAACACCAACGCAAACACCAACACACAUGAGAAAGUAGAAGAGAAAGGACAGGAGUUAAACAGCAAUUAAGCCUACAAAUAAAACACUUGGGUUGGGUUUUUGGUGGUGAACACAGAAGGGAGGCUGAAGUAAUGAUUUGAAUAUAUUUGUUUAUUGUGCUCUGCUUCAUCAAACACUUCAGCACCUGAACUGGCAAGUGACUUGUAACAGAGAGUCAGCCUGUUCAUACCAGUUAUAGUGUUCCAGAGAAGAACAUGUGCAAAUAUCUAAGAAGGUCAAAGCUUUUGACUUUUCGAAUUAAUGAGGUAACGACUAAAUGGACAGUAGAGAAGCUGGUACUGUGUAACCUGGGAAACUACUGAUGAACUUCCGGUAGCAGCGGAUCAGGAAGAUGUCUCUGAAUCUUUUCAGCACUUCUUGUUCCAGUUGCAGAUGACUUUGAGCUUUCUGUAUUUUGCUAUAGGUUGUUUUUUGACUCACGGAGUUCCUCUGCUCCCCUGAAUAGUUUGGAGUGGUGAGGGACUGUUGUAAGUGAUGGGAAUUGUACUCAUGCUCGGCAUCACGCAGGUGGCAGUAAAAAUGCAGAGAUGCUCUGUCAUCAGUAUGGUUUAUGUUAAAUACUGUCUUGACACAGACUGGCCACAUAAUGGUGAUGAUUACAUAUGUGAGGAGGAAGGAAGUGAAUCCUAGAAUGAUCACAGCCAGAACUAAAAUUAAGAAAUCAAAUGCAUGUUCCUGUCUCUAGAAACUGAAGUGGGAUGGCAUGGGUUCCUCGAUACAGUGCUUCAUCCAAAAUGUUAGGUAUAAAAGUAGUAGUUAAUAGACAGCUAUAAAAUUCUGCACAUAUUUAGAAAAGCAUCAAAUAGCUUUACAGCUUUGUUUCUUGGUUUUGCAAUGGAUACUGUAAUGUGUUCUGUUUAGAUUAUUAAUAUAGACUUUUAAUAUAGGAGCAUAUUGAAUGAAAAUUAAACUGCCUUGGUCACUACUUCUUACAGACUUUGCCUGGUGCCUGAGUGAAACUACUAAUUAAGUUUGUGACUCUCAGGUUAUUCCCCACAGACUUGAAGGUUGUUUGGCUGAGGACAAGUGAACAACAUUUAGCUGCAUCUGUAAUAAUGUAAUGCAAGCAUUAAUUUAAUUUGAUUCAGAGCCACAUAAGUCUGGACAAUGUUCUAUUUGGUGCUCUGCAGACCAUCUAUAAAGUGAUGUCUCCUGUGAUACAGAAGCUUAGUAGGAAUACACUGAGUUUCUCAGAACCACUAUGCACUGUCUGCAUUCAUAAACUGAAGGUGGCUGAAAAGAGUGUUUUCAAAUGUUAACUUUUGAUUCUUCAUAUUCUGUAAUGGUAAUUUCUCUUUGCAUUUCUAGUUCAUGUUUCUUCCAUGUUGCUCCAGUUUCCCAGAUACCAGGUGAAGAGAUCAUUGCUACUUUCAUUUAACUGUACGGAUUGCUUGUUAACUUGCCUAGGAUGUGUGGAAAAUUUAUGACAGAGUCAAAGAGUAUUUAAAUGGAGAAAAAGGAAGCAUUACCAUUUAAAUUCUCACUUCCUAUCUCCUCUUUUUCCUGUAAGCAGAGCACAAAGCUGUUGCACAAUCCAUUCAGUGCUCCACAUAUCUGUCCAAGCUGUUUGUUUAUCAAGUCUGAGGAGGAGGAAGAAAUAGUAUUUGCUAACAACAGCCAGGUGCUUCCCAUUCACAGUUUUAGCACGCGUGAGGAAGUGAUGUUUGAUUAAUAGACCAGAUCGUAAGUUUUCUGAUGCAACACUUACUCUUUUGAAAAUGUUGAUUGGGUUUUGCAUUGCUUGGUUGUCUGGUUCUCCAGCUUCACGGGAACCUGCUUGGAAAGUUGUCAUGCUUUCGUAAAUCUUGUGAACCCACCUGGCCUGUUCCACUGGCUACCCACCAUUCUGUGAUGCCAUGACACUGCUAGCUUCUCCCGAUUACCGGGAGCUACCCUCUAGGCUGGUCAGCAAUUGAAUGAGCUGCCCAUGUGAAGUCCUUCAGCUAUUGGCCAAUUCCUUUGCUUCCAGCUAGUUAGAUCCCAUAGCAUCAAAAAUUGUAGCCUACCCAAGUGACUGCUUGGCCACCCAUAUGGUAGUGAAACGGCUAUGUAGGCAAAAUUCUGGCAUGAGGAAUGAAGCAUCAGCCCAGGAAUAUUUCAGAAUCUUUUAUUGAUUUUAUUUAUUCUUAAUUUUUAUAUGUGUUAGUGAAAUCUACUUGGGGAGGGUGAAGAGAGGUGUGCCAAGAAGAUUUCCUUUGAGAUGAGUGUGCCAGUUCCCGGUACUGGUGCAGAUUGUUCGAUUAUUCUGUGGAAGAACUUAAGAUACAGAUACAGACAAUUCAUCUACUGACUAGAAGGAAGAGAUGGAAAGUGAAGGGAGACUUUCUGAACAUGGCAGAAUUCACCCAUAAGCCAGGAAGGAUUGUCUUGAGAUAAUAACAAAAGGUUAUUUCAGCAGCAACAACAAGCCGUGAGUGUGUUUGUCAGCUGACAGAUCUGUUAUCCAAAUUGGGUUUUCUGUUGCUGUCGCCAUCUUGUGUGCUAUGGGAAGCCCACCAGCCAAGAUGAAGAUUUGUCCCAUCUACAUGCUUUCUGUAAGAAUCAUACAAGCCAGGAACAUCAAGUCAAGAGACCUAUGGACAGUUCCACUUUCCUGCCAAAACCUUGCGGGGCAUUGUUAUUCACUGCUUGAUACCAGCCUGAAGUAUUUAGGCCUCUCGGGCUGCAGUAGACGUCUUCAGUCAAGUCCAGACUCCAGCUCUGAAAGACAUCAACUUGGAGAUUUCUUUUCACACCGCUGUCAAGCUCCACAAAUGACUGCAUCAGACUGCUAUGUGCGCUUGUGGCUGCCAUCUGCUUCAAAUGAAAAGCUUCAGACCAAAACUAUCAAGAAUUCGGACAACCCUGUCUGGAAUGAGACUUUCUACUUUAGGAUCCAGAGAGAAGUUGAGAACAUUUUAGAAUUGGCGGUGUGUGACGAAGAUCCACUCACCAAAGAUGACAUGCAGUUCACAGUUCUUUUUAAUAUUGCUAGAGUCAGACCUGGAGAAAGAGUCCGUGAGAAGUUUGCUUUGAAAUCAGAGAAAGAGAGGUGCAUUAAGAAAUGGGAAAGUUUGGAAGUGGAAUUCUGGAUGGAAAAAAUUCCUGGCCCUCCAGAGUAUGUCAUUACCAACGAUGUCCUAGUGUCCCGUGAAGUUUGGUGUUUGGAAGUACAAGUGGACCAUAGUGAAAGCAGGAAAUAUUUGCGAGAGGGUAAGAAUCUUGUGCUUACGGUGCCUGCAUCUCAUGAAGGAACACAGAAAGCUACAGAAGACACAAAUACCUUCUACUUCCAUUGUGUGAAGGCUUGGGAGCCAGUUCUAAAAGCCAGGCUACAGAAAAUUUCUGAUAAGGAAGAUGACACAAACAAUUUAAGUGACACCUUAACAGUACCACUGAAAUUUCUCCCUGUUGGGCAUAAAGUGAAAGUAACCCUCCCUGUAAGACAUAAUGUGCCACUGCAGUUGUACCUCCAAUUGAAUGACUGCACAGAAAAACUUGAUGUGCGCUUAGGAUACGAUCUGUGCCGAGAAGAGCAGGAAUUCUUGCAAAAAAGGAAGAGAGUGGUUGCCAGUGCCCUGAAAAGGGUUUUUCAUCUGGAAAGAGAUCUACAUGAACAUGAGGUCCCAGUAAUAGCUGUUAUGGCAACAGGCGGAGGCCUCAGAGCAAUGUCAGCUAUGUUUGGCCAUCUCUUAGCUCUUCAGAAGCUAAAUCUGUUGGACUGUGUUACCUAUCUCACUGGGGCUUCUGGCUCAACAUGGACCCUAGCAGACCUGUAUGAACACGCAGAUUGGUCACAAAAGAGUCUGGAGGGGCCACUCAGAGCAGUAAAAGCACAGGUGACAAAAUGCAAGCUAAACCUUAUGUCUAUGGAGCAUCUGAAGUAUUAUCACAAGGAACUUGCUGAAAGGGCAAAAGCAGGACACGUCUCAUCUUUUACAACGCUGUGGUCACUUGUUCAGGAAAUGUUCUUACAUGGACGGCCAAGGAAGUACAAACUCACAGACCAGCGCAGGGCAUUGGAGUAUGGGCAAAACCCAUUGCCUUUCUACGCAGUCCUCAAUGUCAAAGAGGAAAAGUUCAGUACUUUCAAAUUUAGAGAGUGGGCUGAGUUUUCUCCUUAUGAAGUGGCCAUACCAAAGUACGGAGCCUCCAUUCGUUCAGAAUAUUUUGACAGUGAGUUCUUCAUGGGAAGGCGAGUGAAAAAGCUGCCAGAAUCUCGGAUCUGCUAUCUAGAAGGUCUUUGGACAAACAUCUUUACCAGGAAUUUGCUGGAUGGCUUGUACUGGUCCUCAAAUUCAAAUGAAUUCUGGGAGCGAUGGGCCAAAGAUAUGGUAGAUAUAGAGAAACAUUCUCCUGAGGAGGAUACCACUAUCAUUGAGCCUCCAUCUUGUUUGUCGGGGAAGUUGUAUGAAAUGUUUCAGGACAUUAUAACGAAGCGGCCACUACUGGGAAAGUCUCAUAACUUCCUGAGAGGCUUAGAAUUUCAUAAGGAUUAUGUCCACCAGCGAAAAUUUAUUGAAUGGAAAGACACCGUGCUGGACUCCUUCCCUAACAGUCUGACGCCACUGCAGAAAUAUCUUUGCCUGAUAGAUGUUGGCUAUUUCAUUAACACCAGUGGUGCAGCACUUUUCAAGCCAGAGAGGAACGUAGAUGUCAUUAUCUCACUUGAUUAUGGUUUGGGGAAUGCGUUCAAGCAAUUGGAGAUGACAUACAAAUAUUGCAAGAUACAAAAAAUCCCAUUCCCCAAAGUGGAGAUAAGUGAAGAAGAAGCAAAGAAUCCAAAGGAAUGUUACGUGUUUGAAGAUGCAGAGGACCCGAGAGCACCCAUAGUAAUUCAUUUCCCUCUUGUGAAUGACACAUUUAAGGAAUUCAAGGCACCUGGGGAAAAGCGCAGUCUCUCAGAGAUGGAAGAAGGCAAAGUAAAUCUGGAAAACAACUGUUCACCCUAUUACCUCAUUAGGCUAAUCUACUCUCCUGAAAAUUUUGACAAACUUGUGAACCUGAGCAAGUACAACAUCCUCAACAACAGAGACCUGCUCUUUCAGGCACUUCAGAAUGCUGUAGAACGGAAAAUAAGUUGCACGACUUGGAAUCUCCCCAGCCACUCUGGAGCUGGAUAUGCCUAGGCUGGGUUUUCAUUCUUUUCCUCACUGAAGGCUACAACAGUCACAUUACAAUGAACUCAUAACAAUCACAGUCACAUUACAAUGCAUCACAGUGUUCAUGAUUUGCAGGAGACUGAGAAAACCUGUACAUUUCUCAUCUUGCCUUGUUCAAGUUCCUGGCUUUCAAAAGAAUUUAUGCAAUUUUCCUCACCCAAGUUUUCAGACCACAAGAGCCUCACAGUGUAGUUUUACUUGACAAGAAAUGAGAGUCCUGGUUAGCAGAGACCUUUCAAGAAUUUCCCAAUGCUGUAAAAAACGGUGGUGGUUAUAGCAAUAGUUCUUUACAUGUGCCUGUUCCCUCAAUCCUGAGCCCAUUAUCAGUGCUUUUUGAAUGAUACAAUUAUUUACAAACCAAGUCCUGGCCAUUUGCAUUCAGUAAUGUCCAGAUUUUCAGCUAGGCUGAGCAGCAAGAAUUUGCACUGAAUUGGUGGGCUCAGCUCUGAAGUCAGGCCAAAGAGUCAUACAUACCUGUUAACAGCAGCCAAUCUGCAGUGUGGACUGUUACAUUUUAUUUGGCUAAUUCCCCUUGCUGAUGUAGAAAUUAUUCCUUUAUUCCAUUCCCCUGCAAAUGUUUGGCACAGAAAUGCUGCUCCAGACUGCCACGAAGGGGGCAGUUACAUUUCAAGAAGAGAAGACAUGAGACUAUGGUUCUUGCUUUCAAGUUUUGGCUAGAGGAAAAAUUCCACUUAAGGCAUGAGUGAUUAUUUUCGUUUAUAUGGGCAGUGCCUAUAUGAAUUAAAAUGUCAAGAGCUUUUGAAAUAAAAAACUCAGGGUGAAUAGUUACCAUAGACACAAGUAACUACAUUCAAUUCAAGAACGAUGACCAAGACCUAAGCUAAUGCUUCUUACGGAUGCAAGCUGAAUGCAGGAUAAAAUAAGUAAUGUAACAGAGUGCAUAGUUACUGCAUUUUCACAGCUAGAUUUUUUUCCUCUUUACAGUCUUUAUCCCUAACAUCACAGGCAAGGUAUUUUUAAUAGGUGCUACGCUAAAAUGGAACAGAAAUAAAAAAAAGGAAAUUCUUUUUCACACCUCUUUGCUGGAGGAAAAUACUCAGAAAAGAACACUGCCUGGUUUUCAUUUGCUUGGGAUUAUGGUAAGAAAUACUGCCUUGAUCUAAGAGCCUGGAAUAUUGCUACGGCUCUUCACAGCAUUAAAAAGAUGGUAGAGAAGGAUACGGAGUGCACGAAACAUAAAUCAGAGAAGUUUCUAGGUUUCAUAGCACUGAAGGAGUUGGGCCUGCUUUUGGCAUAUUUAAUCCAAACACAGGACGUUCACAGAGGCCCAGGAAACUCCUGCACAUUUCUUCUGUGUUGAUAUCUAGAAUGAGUUGACUGAAAAUUAAAUGACUUAAAAUUAAAGAAAGAGAAACAGAUCUGCCUAUUUGGUGUAUGCAGGCAGUAUCUGAGCUCAGAGGAGAACACCCACAAAAAGUUUCAUUGCCUGAGCCCUGCUCCUACAAAAUGCUGUCUUCUGUUGCAAGUAAAGGCAGUAAAUAAGCCUCCGCAGUACUCCUUGUAUGGGGCUUACUUGUUGAGUUGAGGAGCACUAUGAGAAGAAAGAAUUAAUCACAUAUGGCUGCAAGAAAGACAGAAGGAGCUGUUCCGAGUUGAUUUGAAAACUAAGAGGGGUAUCUCAGAAAACAAAGUCUUACCAGCAGGAUCUGUGACCUUCAUGUAGGAGAAUAUGUCCUGGUGCAGUAUGCCAUAAGUGCAGGCAAAUGCACACAGGAGCAGAGGCGGCUGUAUGCUGUUUUACCUCAUCUACCUAAUUUUUACCUGCUGCUAAAAAAACCAUUUUGUUCAUGGGUACAAUGAGUGACCCCUAACACCUGGAGAUCUUGACAGCAUGUAGCCAGCAGUGACACACCUUGAAUGCACUGAGAAAACGGGCUCUGUGUGCUUCACCUACCUGUAACUGGGGCAUGGUUUGUUCCUGCACAGUGCUGCUAAUGCACACAGAGAUGCCUGCUAAAAUGUGAAAGAAAUUGGAAAAAAACCACAAACCCAGAGUGGCCAGAUAACCCAUGGGAGUCAGUGGGGAACAGGUUCUCUGAGGGACUGUUAAACCCUGUGGUAGGAUGAAGGAGGUCAAGGUGGGGUGGGGGGUGUGAAGAUGUGUUGAUGAUCCCUUUGCCAUGGAACUGUCACCCAUUAUCCUGCACUGCACACUGGGCCAGGGCUGCUGGUUACUCUCACAGCCAAACACUGUGCUGUGUGCCCCAGAGCCUCCUUGGGGUCCCGUGUGGUAGCCCUGUAGCAUUAGAAGACAAUACCUAAGUUUUAAAUGCUUUCUGUUGCAUUUCAAAGCCUGUAAUUAUGUGAGGUCUGCACCACUGCCUAUAAGAAGGUGGCGUUAGUUUCUUUUUUGUUGCUGCGUGAAGCCGAGGGAGCUUGUUGUUGGUCUAACAGUGUGGCAGAAAGCCUUGGAGGGUGUUUGUGGGGGUGAAGUGUGGCGGGACUGGGACCUGCGGGCUCACCCACAGCUUGCUGGGGAAUGGUGGCUGGCACGUGCUGUCCCCUCACUACAGCUGGGUUGUGUUUUAAGACAUGCUCAGUCAAACAGCCUGAACCCACAGAACCAGAAAGUGUACUUACAGUGCGUGAUGUGCAGCUGGUUAGUGUGUCCUGUGCUCAGGUCUGCUCCUCGAUCCUGCUCUUCUUUCUAGUGGACACAAGUCUAAAGGAAAGGACCACUGAAAUGUUGUGUGCUUGUUCCUCAUCCCCGUGUCUUGCUUAUGGACAGGUCAGUGCCUGCCAUUGUGGAGUUAUGUUUGUUUAACUGUUGAAAAUGAAUUCACGCCUGCAACGUGCCCAUCCAAAAUGCAACCCAGGUCACAGCUCUCAGAUGAACAUUCAGCUGGAAAGCCCCCAGAAACACAGAGCUUGCUAUCUGCUGCUGAACACAGAGGAAAAAAACGUUUGUUCUUACAACUCUUAGCUAUAGCUGUAUAGAAAUUGCUUAUAUCUAUUAACUGCUUAAUAAUACAAUCAUUAAAACAUAAUGUUGCAAAAGA